AUGUGGAUAACAACUGAGUUUAAUCAAUUUCAAAAGGAAUUAUUUCGUAUUUUAAUACCAAUUAUAAUUCUAGUUGGUAAUAUUGGAUCUAUUCUUAAUGUUAUUGUUUUCUCAGUUAUAACUUUAUUAAGACUUCUUCAAAUUGGUUUUAAUAUUGACUCAUCAUCAACAUGGUCAUGGAUUUGUAAAUUAAGAUUUUUUGCUGUUGGAUUUUUAUUAAUGUUACCUCGAUCAUAUAUUUUAUUAGCUGCUAUUGAUAGAGAAAUAUUAUAG